AUGACGCCGCGCUCGCUGAAUGUAGUCGUGGCGUCGACUGGAUGCACCGAUGCCAAUAUCAUCACCAAACUAUUACCACAGCUCGUAUCGCUGCCUGAGUGCUCUGUCAGAGCCGUACUGGAUCCUGGCUCACAUGGUGCCGACCUCAUCGCCGCCUCCAACAACUGCCUCGCCAUCCCUAACGUAUCGCGCACCCAACUGAAGUCGACUGGAGACGUGAUAGACAUCGAGAAAGAGGCGUUUGAUUUGUGUCAAUGGGCUGACCUGCUGGUUCUGGCUCCCAUCGACGCCAACAACUUGGCCAAGAUGCUGCACGGAGACACCGACAAUCUAGUACUCGAGAUUUUGCGAAGCUGGAAUGUUUCCAAGAAGAUAGUCAUGGUCCCUGGAAUGUCAAGUCUGAUGUGGGAGAACCCAAUGACGAAAAAACAGCUCACAAAAAUAAAGAGAAAGUGGAAUUGGAUACAAGUCUUGCAACCACUGCUGUGGACAUUUGAAAAUGACAGGAAGAAGGUGACGAGCUGGGAUGCCCUGGACGAAGUCAUCGACACAGCCCGCAACCAGGUUGAUCUGAUGAACAUUGGUCACGGUGUCCAUGUCACGCCUAAUGCUUCUUCAACCACUUUCAAGACUAGCUCCAAGAAGUCGCGUACCGUCUUACCACCAGAAUUGUGGUCCAUGAUCAUCGAUGCGACCAACGACUGGGAACUUGCCAAAACGUUACACAUCUAUACCAAUCUUGAGCCACCUUCCGAAUGGCAACAACAUGCCAGUACUAAAGGUCCAACGACAUACAUGGAACAACUGGAAUGGACACUGCUGACAGGCAACCUAUCUGACCUUAAGAAGUUCAUCGCCGACAACUCGGUACCACGCUGGCUAUCUCGUCUCUGUAUCAAGCUCAUUAUGCGAUUCAGCAUGACGUCUGUCCUCUCAUAUCUUGAAUCUCAUCACAAAGAUCUGUUCUGGACCACUUUUGAUGGCACAUUCCUUCCCGACAAAGCCUCCUCUGUCUUUGGUCGCGUCGAAAUCUUGGAAUACUGGAAUACUUCAGCUUGGUUCUUGAACAAGAAGUAUACCGCCGAGACUUUGGAUGGCGCAUCACGACAAGGCUUCAUCGACGUGCUAGACUGGUGGAAAAAAUCUGGCCUCACUCUGAUCUUCACCGAAGCUGCACUCGAACAAGGUAGCUCAUCUGGCCAUAUCGAAGUUCUAGAAUGGUGGCGCGAACUCUCUCAGCGCCACCAGCAUGCCUCAAGUCCUGAUGACGACUCCAAGCCCAUUCGUUUGAAGCCUGGCAAGUCAAUCUGCUAUGCCUCACAGUCUGGUAAUGCAGAUGUUGUGCGCUGGUGGGUAAACUCUGGUAUCCCAUUUCCUCACGAGGACUCUGUCGCCAAGCUCGCGAGCACACACGGACAUGUUGAGGUGUUGAAGGUCUGGCAUGCCGUCAAGGGCUCUAAAAUGAUCUUUGACAACCAGGUCCUGGUCGGUGCUACCAAAAUGGGACAUGUGAAUGUCCUCGAAUGGUGGAAGCAGAGUGGUCUUAGGGUCGAGUACAAGACUUGCGAUGUUGAAGAGGCGCUCGAAGAUGGCGUCGAAGGCAGAAAAGGUAUGGAAGUCAGACGAUGGUGGGCGCGCAACGGAUUGAAUCUUGGUGUCGGCACUUCUGAGUGGAUGAAGCCGAAGGUGCUUUAG